AGUUUUCUUUCUGGUAAUUGUCAUGAGGGCGUUAAAGAGUUGUCGAUUGUCACAUAUAGAUAACAUAUUCUUAAAGUGACGGAUAAGAGAGUCGCAAAAUCUAUUUAUAUUUUGAUGCUCUAUAAAAUUUACAAAGUUGCAUCAUUUGUUCGAUGACAGCACGAAGAACUUUCAUGUGCAACAAAAAACUUAGAGGUUACAUGUUAUCUGCUUGCAGAUUUGACAAAACCAACUGUGAUUGAAACAAAACAUAUUGACGCACGUAGCAAUAAUUAAACAAUGAAUACAAUGAGUAAAGCAGAAGAGGAAUACGUUGAGAAGAUUUGUGUCUACAAGUUUCCCACAUGCACCACAAAUCAGGAAUACACGUUGGAAAUUCCAAUAAAAAUACCCUAUCACGGUUCCGUAAAAGAAUUGACGCAUCGUAUAAUGUCGUCGUUCAAGCUACCGUGUUACGUAGAGUCGGACUUGUUAAAGACGCUGCAGCAUACUAUCAAAGAGCUUACGCUGCAGUUUCACGACGAAAAAGCGGAGAAACUCAUCGAGACCGUGAAAACGGGCGCUCUAGACUUAGAGGACAUAAUUAAAACCUGGGAGAGAAUAUACAAACAAAAAACGGUAGAAUAUUCCGAUCCCAUCGGAACUACGGAUGAGGAGUUGUUUGCCACAGCGUAUCACAGACUGGUGCAUUCUCCGUCGUUGGAACCGAUUUUGCAAGCGGAACACAAAUUCGGACGGGAUGUCACUGAAGUAAUUCAAUUGAGAGAUACCGACUACGAAAAUCUCACGCAAAAACAAACUGAUGAAAUGCGCGUUGCCGUCGAGGCACUCGAAGCGGGUUCCACCGAAAAGUCCAUAAACGACAUGGCGGGCCGUCAUUUCGAGGAGCAAAGUUUAUUGCAGGGCUAUUGGGGAUCCAGAAUCGAUGCUUUGCGACUGGAUCAACGGCGGCAGUAUCGAAACUGGAUUAUGAGGUUGCUCGAGGAGCAACAGACUAGUAUGGUGUCCACACCGAUGGGCUCGCCCAUGAUACCGCUGCCACCAUUGCGUCCCGCUUUAGAUAAAUUCGUUCACAGCGAAGAAAAACAAACGACCGAUCCUCUGUUAGAAGAAAGCUUCACUAUACAUUUAGGCUCUCAAAUGAAACAAAUGCACAACAUACGCAUAUUAACUGGCGACGUGCUCGAUUUUUGUCGCACGAAAAACAGCGAAUCCGGCAUGGAUCCGACGCCGCAAAGAUUGCAAACAGCUUUAGGAUUGUAUUCGAACGACUUGUGCGGAUUAGUUCUCCUAAGCGAUAAUCAUUUAGGCAGUUAUUCCGGAAUAACGAAAGAAUUGUGCUCGAUAUGUCAGUUGACGACAGAAUUUCAUUUUCCGUCGAUCGACGAACAAUUGGAAAAAAUUCGUGAGGACGUGAAGGACGCCGUUGCCUGGAGACAGGCGCAUUACAGGGAAGGAAGCGAUCCUCAUGCGAAGAAAUCCACGACGAGCAAGAGCUUGCAAACUGGCGACGUUUUUAUCACGAGGCAUUCCAAUCUGGCGCAGGUCCAUGUGGUUUUCCACAUGGUCGUAAAUGAUUCUCUGAGAUCCGGCGAUAUCAACUCGAGACAUCCCGCCAUACUGGGGUUGAGAAAUAUUUUGAAGACGGCGUGUUGCAACGAUGUGACGACAUUGACAAUACCCGUUCUACUCGUCCACGAAAUGUCAGAGGAUAUGACGGUUGCCUGGUGCACGAAACGAGCCGAGUUAGUUUUUAAGUGCGUGAAAGGAUUUAUGAUCGAAAUGGCGUCCUGGGGUGGAGCCGAGUUGAAGAAUCUGCAGUUUCUCGUGCCGAAAGGAAUGUCGGAGGAAGUGUUCGGAACAUUGGCCACAAUGUUGCCCAGCAUAUUUCGCGUGUCGAAUCCGCUGGUUUUCAAGGCCACCAGCACCCCACAAACUCCGAAAAAAUAAACGAUAUUUUCCUUCUUGUUUCUGUUAUCGUUGUAUAUGCAUUUGGAAAUAUCGCACCGUUUGUUAUAAUAAAUCGUGCAAGACCAGCCGCUGUUAUCCGCGACGAGCGCGAAACAAUAGAUACGAUUCCGUGAAUAAAUGUCUGAAUUUAAUGACUUUGUUGUUAUUAUUUUCGCACGAUUAAUUUUUUGCUAAGCUGACCCGAUAUGUGCAAUGUGCCAUGUGAGAAACAUUAUUUUUCGAUGUAAAAAUAAAGUGUAUAUAAUGUUCAAAUGUU